UAUUCAGGAUUAUUCCUAUCAUACAGGGAUAUAACCUGCUAUCGGUGUUGCACAGGAUGGACUGGAAGUACAUCAAGUGGCUGCACAACCCCCAUUUGUUUUGGCCAUACUGAUUCGUGUCCCAAUGGAGGGGAUUGCACACGUCCUGACUACUGCAGCAACUGUAACCGAGGCUUCUACUCUCCACGAUGUAAUCGAUGUACAGCUAUUGCAAAUUGCCUUGAAGUGUUCUGCAGCACAUCUUCAAACCAGAAAUGUUACCGAUGUGAUGGUGACUAUGGCUCAGCGCGUGGAUCAGCCUAUAAGAAGAGUGAUGACAUGACACAAUGCAGAAAGCAAUGUUCAUGGAGGAGUAACAGCAAUGCCUGCUUCCCAGGAUCCUGCACAAACGGCCAGUGCAGAUGCAGCAGUGGCUUCUCAGGAACUGACUGCAGAACAUUGGGCAGCAGUCAAGCACCAGACCUAUCAGAGCACCGUGCCACUCUAGCCAUAGGGACAACAACUCUGGAGUCACCCAGAGUCCAGGGCAGUACAGACACUGUCUACACCAACGUACACAACUUUACAAACAUCAGAACCAACUGGAUAAGUUCAUACCAGCCUACAGGACUACCAGACCCUAGUGGUGGUGGACAUCCAUACAUCCAAAGCAUUGGGCUUGGUGUUGUAGAGGCUAGAGUGACAGCCGCUGUGAAUCGGGGUUACCGUAUGAUAUAUUCAGUGGGCUCGCAGGCUUGUACAACAUCGACAACUCGUAAUUCUUUCAAUCAAAACAAUCCGGCAACAUACCUGGUAUCCUGUCAAGUGACAUUCAACUUGAACUACAACUCCUGGACACCAGCUACAGGAGAUGUCCUGAGGUAUGAUGUAUAUUCCACAAGUGGCGGGUACAUGAAACUCUAUGACAGGGACCAUUCAAACAGCAUCAUCACACGACACUACAAUGGCAGGACAACCUCCGGCUAUUCAACUUUCACCUUUGACUUCGAUGACCCCUACCACUGUGUGGAUGUUGGCAGUGGAUGUAGAACCACUAUGCUGUAUGCAGGGAAUGAUGUUACAUCACAGGCAGAGAUAAUUGUCACCUGGCAAGGCUGGGCAGACAGUCUUGCUGGCAUCAAGGAGUACGAGCUGCAAGUACGUCAGCUAUCUGGUAGCCAUGGCAAUCAGAUGACGGAAGACUUUCGCAGUGCAGCCGUUUUUAGUGAAGUGACCCACUCUAGUCAGAGCAUCACUUUGCCCCGUGUUGGUGUGUACUCCAUCGUCCUGAGUGUUUUUGACAAUGCGGGCAAUGUCAGACUCAGCAGACGCUUUGUGUUCUUUGAUGACGAUCCACACGAUGUCACCCUUCAGGAUGAUUCCUCUCUGCGAGUUGUCUCCGCGACUGCAGAAACCAACUACGUGAGGAUGACCAGUCUAGACUCAAGCGGAGGGAUGACAUCCGUGCAGCUUGAUUGGACGAACCGAUUUAUGAAUGCACCUCAUCACAACCAAGGAUUGUUGAAACCAAUUGGCUCCUAUGUUGCUGGUACCAUCGAUUCUAAUUAUGACCAGAACUUUGGGAAACGUGGCCGUGCAGCCAUCCCUAACUACCUCGGUGUGACAGAAUUCCGCGUCGUACAUGACAUCGACCACAGCGGUGGCAGAACCACUGUCAAAGUGAGUGACAACAACUCGGACCACUGGAGUAGUGAAGGCACAGACACACAGGCGACCUAUGACCUGACCCUAGUGGAUGGUGAUUCCAUUCGGUUCUGGGUGGAGGCCAGGGAUUUGGCUGGUCACUUUGUGAGGGACAGUGUGUUGGUUCAUGCUGAUUCAUCCCCGCCUGUGAUUGAAGACUUCUGGCUGGUACGGGACGGGGAGGUGAAUCUAGCCGUUCAUAAUUCAGAGGAUCUGGAUAAGAUGAGUGUUGAAUUCAGGACAUAUGACAUUCACAGUGGUAUACGAACCAUCGAGUGGCUUCUCUUUGACAACCACACUGGCACAGAUAUGACACAUGGCAGCCAGAAUUUGAAGGCCAAGAAAAUCAACAUGGACACUGAGGAUUGUGAUCCCGUCAGCUGUAUGUGUGUCCCAAUCGGUGAUUGUUAUGCAAUAGACUAUGGUUUCCACCCAACAAUGCACAUUGGUACCCAUGACUAUGAUUACUACAUCACCCUGACGGUGACCAACCAAGCAAGACUAGUUACUACUCGGACAAUCAAGAUAACGGUGGAUUCCUCUGCUCCUCAAGCUGGUGUGGUGCAUGAUGGGAUACCUGGGUCCAAUGAGGUAGACUAUCAGGAGGGCAGUGACCUCUCGGCUCAUUGGGAGGGGUUCUUUGACAAGGAGAGUGGGGUCAAGUUCUAUCAGUAUCUGUUUGAUGACUCCUGCAGGACCGGCUAUACAACAGUCGGCAGUGCCAUGAAUGAUAUGACAAAGACAACCGCCACGCAUGCCAGUUGGACAGCCCCCUCGCCUGGCCAGUACUACAUCACUGUCAUCGCUUACAACCGUGCCCUGGAACCCUCAGCAGCUGUCUGUUCUGACGGUGUUGUCAUCGAUACCAGCCCUCCAGAGCUGACCCAGAUUGCUAUCAGCUAUGCUCGGAUGUGGCCUGGUCUGGCCAAGGAUGCUGAGGGUCGGGUGUGGUUCAUCAAUGAGCAUCGCAGGAAGAUGGAGCUAAUGAAUGCGUCCAGAGACUGCAGUUCCAUGGCCGCUGUGGUAGAUGAUUUGUCAGUUUAUCCUGAGAUAGCUGGUAGCAAUGACUCUUCAGCAAUACUACAAGGAGACCAAGACUGUGUCUGGAUUUCACCCAUUGAGCAGAAGUUCUUCCUUCCGAUAGACAAACAUUUGACCAUCUCAUGGACUGGAGGAAUCGAUACAGAGAGCUCCAUCUAUGACUAUGAGAUAGGUCUGAGCAGUGACCCCUCAAACCCGACCCCUGACCUGGUGACCUUCAUGUCAACAUCAGGUCAUGAUCACUUUGUGAUGUACCAUCCACAUAUCAGCCAGGGAGCUGUGUUCUUUCUGGUUCUGAAGGCCAUCAACAAGGCUCGGCUAUCUACCUUCAAGGUGGUUGGUCCAAUAGUAGUGGAUACCACUCCGCCCAUGUUUGUUGGGCGUGUCUCUGUCCAUGUGGAGGAUGAUUACUUGAUUGCUGCAUGGGGAGAUGAUGGCUUCAUUGAUGAUGAGGAUACCAGCCUGAGAUACCAAGUUGCCAUUGGGAGUAGCCCAGGUGGCACUGAAACUCUUGAUUUCCAGAAGGAGAAAGCCUACCGAAUUGGUCCUUGUUUGUCCCGAACAUCAUGUGCUGCAUUCUCAUUGGAUGACCUAGACUGGCAUCUCCAUGGUGAUCAUGAGUACUACGUGUCAGUCAGAGCUCAGAAUGGUGCUGGGUUAGCUACAGUGGGGACCUCAUCUGUUUAUAGACACAUCGUGCAGUUGCCAUCUCUGGGUGUUGUAUUGGAUGUUGCACCCCCGGGCGAAGAGGUGCAUGUGGAUUUGGGGGUGGCCAAAGACACUGAUGUUCAGAUGAGCACCACAAGCAUCUCAGCUCGUUGGUUUGGUUUUGAGCAUCCUCAUCUCGAUAUCAACUAUGAGAUUGCCAUCGGAUCAGAAGGAGGUGCUUCUGAUGUCAGCGGUGGUUUCAUUGAUGUCGGCAAUGCAACCUUCUAUCGACUGGAUGGACUAGAUCUCAUUCCACUUAUGACCUAUUAUGUGACCAUCCGUGCUAACUCUGAAGCUGGUAGUGUCAAUGUUACCUCAGACGGUGUCAAAGUCAUUCAGGAGGGUCAGGCUCUGGAGGGAGCUGGGAUCAAAGAUGGACUCGGCUGCGAUCAAGAUGAAACGUCUACGCCACCAGGAUUAUCCCAUCACUCAUCUGCUGCUCAGCAACCCUGUGAGGAUGACAUCACCUACCAGUCUUCUACCUCAGACAUCUCAGCUCGUUGGACCAUCCCUGAGAUGCUGCAACCCUUUGUGACUGGCGUCUUCUGGGCAGUUGAACAAGAAAUCGAAAUAUACUUUGAUGAUGAGAACACUAUGAUGGAAUGGAUCCCAGUGAUUGAUGAUCAAGAUCUUGGCAUGGCAUUCCAACAUGUUGGAGCUGGGCUAGGGUUGCAUGGUGGAGGUCAUUACAGAUCAAAGGUUCAGUUUUGCCAUGUUAACGUUUGCUUCAAACCCGUCGUCACUGAUGGAUUCUGGGUAUUAUCCCAACCUCCUGAGGUCGGUCAGGUCACAGUCAGCGACGUUGAAGCUACGCCAGGCGGGACGGAGAUCCGUGUUGUCUUCCAGCCUUUUGCCCACGAUUACGUCCGUCACAACGACCCGGGGGAACUGAUGGAUUUCUAUGAGUGGAGCAUUGCUGAGGAUGGUAGCGAUGGAGCCUUGCUGAGUCAGUGGACAAGAAUCCAAGAUUUGGUGGUGACUGGGGACGUGGCACGCUUUACAGCAUCUCACAGUGGAUCCUUAGACCUAGAUGUCUGUCUGCAGUUAUCAGUGAGAGGCUACAAUAAGGCUGGUCUGUCAUCCAUCGCUAGCACUGAGAUUGUGGACUGUGAUAACGUGAAGCUGAUUGUCCCUCAUACCGUCAUUGAUGCUGAUCACGAAGUCAACAUGGAGCAGAAUGCUAUGUGGCCGGAAGCAGACAAGAACUACAUCUCAUCUACGUCCUCAUUAUCCGCAGUCUGGCCCACAUUACGCCACAGGGACUACGUCUGGGCAGCCAUUGAAGACACUGGAUCCUUUGGAAACUUGGAUGAUGGGCUGCAGUUUCCUUGUGAUCACCCGAGGAGCAUCACCUGUGGGAAUACAGAUAAAGAGUUUGUUAACGUUCCUGGUUUGGUCCUGCAUCAUGGCAAGUGUUAUCGCAUUUGCAUCCAUGCUGAUGAAGUGACAUUAGAGCAUGAGCUUUGGAAUGAACUGUUGCCUGCUGUGUCUAGCUGUAGCGAUGGUGUUGUCAUAGAUACGACCCCACCGACCCCUGGCGCUGUGUGGAUUGGACGGAACCAGCAUCAAACCUAUCAAAGUUGCAGCUCAGAGUUGGUCCUACAGUGGGAGUCCUUCACUGACAUUGAGGAACAUGGUUUGGCUAGUCAUCACUCAGGGGUCAAGUACUAUGAAUAUGCCAUCGGUUCGAUGCGAGGUGGCAGUGAUGUGAUAGAAUUCACUCGUGUUGGAAUCACUAACAGCGUUAUCGUACACAACUUGAGAUUGCAGAAUGGACACACAUACUUUGCCACUGUUAGAGCGACUGACUUUGUUGGUCUGUCAUCACACGCCAUGUCAGACUCAAUCACCAUUGAUAUGUCGCCUCCUGUCUUCAGUGCUGAUCACUCACUGGACAUUGGAGGCAGCUUCAUCCGGUCUACAACUUCCAUCUCAGCAAGUUGGAAGAAUGUCUGCUCAGACAAGGAGAGUGGUGUAGCAUAUUAUGAGUGGGCUGUGGGUUCACAUCCAGGUCAUGCAGACAUCAUGCCAUUUACCAAAGAGAAUACAGAGAUAGGAGUCAGUGACCCUUCACGACCUUUGCACCUUCAUGAAGGUCACUCAUACUUUAUUUCUAUGAAGGCCAUCAAUACUGUAGGCCUGAUCACACUGAAGAGUUACGGAGCAUUCACAGUUGAUGCAAGCCCCCCACUGGCUGGCCACGUCUUUGAUGGGAAUCCAACGGAUGCCCUGGCCAAUCACAGAGACCGAGACUUCCAGGAGGAUCGCAGAGUGAUCAGGGCAUUCUGGGAAGGGUUUUAUGACCCGCACAGCGCUAUUGUUGGUUAUUCCUGGAGAGCUGGGAUGUGUCCAGGGUGUAGCGAUGUUGUGACUGAGCAGCAUGUGGGAUUGGACACUGAUGUCCUUGCUGAAAACCUGAACCUAGUGCCAGGUCUGACCUACUACGUGACAGUGACGGCCUGUAAUGCUGCUGACCUUUGUACCUCAGUGACCUCUGAUGGGGUCACGGUGGAUGACUCUCCCCCAGUGCCAGGGCGUGUCUAUGAUGGUGGUCCUGGGGGUGGCGAUAUCAGCUACCAAUCGUCAAGGCGUCAGUUGCAAGCCCAUUGGUGGGGCUUCCAUGAUCCUCACUCGGGCCUCUCCCACUACGAAUGGCACGCCGGCACGACACCAGGAGCUGAAGAUAUUCUCCCCUCUUCACGCAUUGAGCUGUCAGAAGAUGCUCUGAUAUUCCUAUCAGCAGCUGACCAGAUGCCAGUUGGCACUGAUAUCUACAUCACUAUACGCGCCUAUAACCGGCUUGGGAUGUGGAGUCAGGCUACAUCUAAUGGGUUCCGUGUGGACUCUAGCCCUCCUGAUGUAGUGGAUGCACCCGCUGUGGAUGUGACUCGGGGGAUGGCUGUCACAAACACUCAAGUUCUGCGGGAUCUGAUUCACUUUUCCUGGAAAUUCAGUGACCCCGAAAGCGGUAUCAAAGACCAGUUUGUAUCAGUCAGCACACAUCACAAUGGAGAUGUGAAUAUUCCAUCAAUAAAGAUUGCGGGGAGUGAGUUGGACUACACCUUCACCAAUCUGACAUUACAUGAAGGCAGUCGUUACAUCGUUACCGUAGUGGCUUGUAACUUUGCUGGUCUCUGCACACAGGCCAAGACGGAACCCUUAUUGGUUGAUGGCAGCCCACCUUCUGUUGGGACGUUUGCUGUGAGCACAGAGAGUGCUGCUAACUUGGAGCGUCAUCACAUCAUCUGGAUUGAUCCAACUGAACCUAGUUCAACUCCUGAUGGAACAGACUACUCUGGCUGGAUGACGUGGCUUGAAGACCCCCGUACAUCCCUGGGUUCCUUAGCCCUUGCCUGGCUGGGAUUUGCUGAUGUACACUCUGGUAUCAGCCACUACUUGGUCUCUGCCGGACGCACGUACAGCGGCACUGAACUCACUCCGAAUGGACCGGUCCGUGUAAACCACCGCAAUGACGGCAUGUCAUUGGACGAAGGCAUCGCACAGACAGCCAUCAUACCACUAGAGGGCAGUAUAACAGACCCAUCUCAUCCGUAUCUCUACAUCUCCAUCUGGGCUGUUAACGGGGUUGGGAUACCAAGCAGCCGUCAUCAUUCCACUUUUGAAGCCUCUCCUACUCUACCAGACGAGGGCUCCCUUGUCCUGCUGCGACGCUGCUUCCCUACAACAUGCAAGGGCCAUUGUGCGUGUGCACCCAUUGAUAGAACAUGUAAUCCAUACCAGUAUUGCACUGAUGUCACUCACAGUAACCCCAACACUGAGAUAGAAGUUUUGGAUGUAUUGGAUCUGAUGAAUGAUGAUAUCAAUAAUGUGAUUGAUAUUGAUGAUACCGCCACUCAGUCUAUGGCUGCUGCAGUAUGGCGAGUCACUGAGCAGAAAGGACUGGAUAUUAAGUGGUUCGAAUGGAGCAUUGGUGAUGACUCUUCGUCAGAUCCUGUGGGAAUCUUUGAUCCAGUUCAGGAUAGGUUAUGGUAUGAUAUCGGACAAAACAACCAAACUAUCAUCACACUGGAUGAAGAUCACAAGAUGGAGAAAGGAGUCACGUAUCAUGUGUUCAUCAGGGCCUGGUAUAAUCCUACUACAUACGCAGUGUUCAGAUCAGAUGGCAUCACCCCGGAUAUCACACCACCAAAAAUAUCAACAGUCAGAGGUGCAAAGAUAAAAGAUCUUGCCAGAUCUGAUGCCAGGAAAGACACUGAUUACUUGACGGAUCCUAACGUCCUCUUUAUCUCCUGGGAGAGAGUGUUUUUAGACGAAGCAAUGUCCCACUACCAGGUGUCUCUGAGUACCUACCAAGGAGGUGAAGAUAUUCGUCAGUUUGCUGACCACACCUUCCCAACCAGUGUGUCCUCCACACAGUUCACCAAUCUGAAUCUAAAGAGUGGACUGCGAUACUACAGCAACGUACGCGCAUUCAACAAAGCUGGUCUGCACACUCUUAAAAGCAGUGAUGGCUUUGUGGUGGACACAAGGAGGCCAGAUGCAGGCCUUGUGUUUGAUGGCAUAGAUCUUCAUGACGUGGAAUACCAGAACUCUAGCACAUUGAUCUCAGCCUCCUGGCAUGGCUUUGUGGAUCUGGAAUCCUACAUAGACCAUUAUGAGUGGUGCGUUGGACAGACCUCUAGCCCAGCAGAUGAUGGCAUUCUGCCCUGCACCAAUGUUGGAAUCCACCUGUCUGCCUCCAAGACUCUAGCUGUGCCUCUCACAGAUGGCAUCCGAUAUUACUCCAAGAUUUCAGCCAUCGACGCAGCUGGCUUGCAGUCUGUAUCUGUCUCUUCAGACGGGUUUGUGUCGGACACUACACCCCCUGAGCCACUAGUACAGAUAAAUCUAGGGGAUAACUUGAUCCAGAAUCCAUCAUUUGAAAAGAUGCAGGAACCAGACAUAACAGAUAUGGAAUAUGAAUAUACAACAGUGAUUGCUGAGAAUGAGACAUUAAAUGAAGCCUCGGGUACAUCUGAUCCAAAUCACGGCAGUGUCUCUGAUACUUAUCCCACUUCUGCCACCAAUUUGUCAACUGAAGAAAUGUCAUCCACAACCAGUGUGCACGUUACCGAUGGUAAACGAGGUGAGGUACUAGUUCAGUGGGAUGUAGGAUCUGACAGCCAAUUUGCUGUGGUCACAUCAGGGAAGAAGAUUGCUCAAGAUGGUCAUUCCUUCUUGUCUCUUCAUGGCUCCAUCUCCCAAACCUUCAACACAACACAGGGAAGCCACUACCAAGUUGUGGUCUUUGUGAGUCACCCGGUGCCAUCCCACAACCCUUUGCUGAAUCAGGAGGGUCGUAUCGAGGCCCCAGGAUUGGAUCGCAUCUUCAGGUUGUAUGACCGGCCGGCACACAGUCACUCAGACCAGAGUCUGAGGUCCAUCCGAUGGCAUCAGCACAGAUUUUACUUCACAGCCAGUGGAGACGUAGCAACACUGAAAAUCUCAUCUGAAGGAAGAUCAAAUGGAAUCUUAUUGGAUAAUGUUCAGGUUAGGCAGAUUGCCACUUGGCCCAGUACUGGUGGAGGGUCUGUAGAGGUACAUACCCAGUUCAUUCACAGCUGGUCGUCCAUCCAGGCCAAGUGGCAUUUCAUUGACCCUGAGAGUCCCAUAGUCGACUACACCUGGGCCAUAGGUACAACCAAAGGUGGCACCCAGCUACAAAGCUUCACAUCAGUGGGUACGCAGACAGACGCUAUCAAUACUGACGUCAUGAUGGCACAUGGCUUCUACGUCUACGUCACCGUGAUGGCAAGAAAUGCAGCUGAUCUCAUCACCAUAGCAACCUCUGACCCCAUUCUGGUUGACCUUACGCCACCCAUGAUUCAUUUUGUCAAAGAUGGUGGCGAUGGCCACGAUAUUGACUUCAGUGCAGAUGAUUCAUCUCUCACAUUUACUUGGUCAGCAUCUGAUCCUGAGAGUGGAAUUGACCACUGUGAAUGGGCAGUUGGAUCCGAGCCUGGACUUGAUGACAUCCUACCAAGCUCACCAUCUCCUGAUGCCACUUCCAGCAUCACCACCAGUCUGUCCCAGGCUAUGGUUGAGGGUCAGCGCCUGUACGUAACCAUCACAUGCUACAAUGGUGCUGAGAAGUCCUCAUGGAAAUCAUCAGAUGGCGUUACCAUAGUUACAGUGCCUCCUAGCUCAUCAGCAGCAGUCGUCAAUCUGAAGACCGUGUCAGAGACUCAAUAUGACACACGCGAUAGGUACCAGUCACAGAGAGACUCUGUCAAAGCAUCCUGGGAUGGAUUCAUGGACCCAUUUGGAAUUCAGUCCUAUGAGUGUCAUCUGAGUGGACCCAACGCCUACAACCACUGGACACCUUGUGGAUCCACAUCAGAGACCCACCUUGAUUGGUCAGGUCUUGCCCUGGUCGAUGAUGCGACCUAUAGCCUGUCAGUCAGAGCCGUCAAUCAUGCUGGUCUGAUCAGCCAAGCUAUCACUGGCAACAUCACCAUAGAGUCUACCAAGCCUGCUGGUGGAGCGCUAAGCCUGCUCAGUCAUUCCUGGCUUGGAGAUGGAAGGGUUAAUCUUACCUGGGAAGGCUUGUUCUCUGCCUCUCCUUCCUCCUCCUUGGUCUAUGAGGUAUCUCUGGGUACCAUCCCAGGAGGUAGUGAUAUCAUGCAGUGGGUGGAGACCAUGGAGACUGGUAUGCGUGUCUCACCGCUGGCUCCCAUCACUGACUACCACUUGACGUUGACGGCCAUCAACGCGGCCGGCUUGUCACAGACAGUCACUAAGAUCAUCAGUGUGUAGAUAAUUUACAGCAUAACAGGUUUGAGACUGAAAUAAUGUAUUUUUAAAGAGUGCCUUAAUACUCAGAUAGCAUUAAAAUAUACCCAGACAUUUUGGCUUUCAUGUUUAGAAACUCACGUGUCCCUGAAUAUUUCACACAUUUCCGUUUGUGUUUUAUUUGAAAAUCUGGCAUACAUUUUUAGCAGUCCAGAUAACUGAAGGGUAGCGUCCGUCAUUUGUCAUUUGUGCAUUAUGUUUGUUUGAAGCAACAAAAGUUCUCAAAAUCUAAAGAAGGGUGCUGAACAACU